GGGGUCGCCGCCCAGCAGCCCUAGAGGAACCCGGAGGCUAGGAGAUUUGGUGAAGAGACGACGAGAAUGGCCGGGAGAGGAAAGGGGCUGGUUUCGGGGCGGGGCCGAGUCUGUGAGGAGGCGAGGCCUCCCAGAGAGGCUCCAGUGGCCACGUCCCGCGACUCCCCGGAGCAGCCGUCCCGGGAUCGCCGUGUUCACGGCUUCCAGACAUGGCUGAGGUGAAGAACCGGAAGAAGCCGGGGCCCAAGGCAGCCUCUCCGGAGCCCGGGAAGCCGAGCGAGGCCAGAAAGAGCCCUGCGGCCCCGGUAGGCGCGCGCGGGGUCUGGGCGGACCCCCGCACCGGGCUGAGCUUGCUGUCUCUGGGGACGUGUCUGGGCCUGGCCUGGUUUGUAUUUCAGCAAUCGGAAAAGUUUGCAAAGAUGGAAAACCAGUACCAGUUGCUGAAAAUAGAAAACAGUGAAUUCAAAGGACUUCAAAGUAAAAUCAGUUUAAUUUCAGAAAAGCUUGAGUCUACUGAGAGUACCCUGCAGCAAGCUACGUCCUCCAUGUCUUUGAUGACCCAGUUUGAGCAGGAAAUAUCCAGCCUCCAAAGUUUCAUGCAUGACACUGAAAAUAGUGAAGAGGUGCUCUCUCAAAAGAUGCAAACCCUUAAUGAGAAAUUCCAAAAUAUUACAGAUUUCUGGAUGAGAAGCCUUGCAGAAAUAAAUAGUAAUACAGACUUUUUCAAAGCAGAAGCAAAGUAUAUACAUUCUCAAGUUACUGUCCAAAUUAACUCAGCUGAGCAAGGAAUAAAAUUGCUCACAGAGCGGCUAAAUGAUUUGGAAGACAGCACUCGGCGAAAUAUUAGGACGGUGAAAAGACAAGAAGAGGAAGAUCUCGUGCAAGUGCAGGAGCAGCUUGGCUCUGACGCAAAAGCAGUUGAGAAGCUAGAAGAGGAGCAGAAUGCUCUCCUGGCCAGAGAUGAAGAGCUGACCAGUCAACUCUCCAGCUACGGACCCCGAGUUGAAGAAUGCAAGAUGCACCUGCCAGCGAUCGAAAAUGCUGUUCACUCUGUCCUCAGAGUCUCUCAGGACCUGAUGGGAACAGAGAAGAAAGUAGAAAAGCUCACGGGGCAGAUGUUCAGCAUGGAGGAUGACAUGCUGAGAGCCGUGUCUGAAAUAAUGGAGCUGCAGAAGACCCUGGAAGGAAUCCAAUACGAUAACAGCAUAUUAAAGAUGCAAAAUGAGCUAGAUGUCCUAAAGGGGAAAGUGCGUGAUUUUAUGGCAUUUUCAAAUACAAAGGAAAAGGGAACUUUGGAAGAAUAUAAUCUAGAAAAUGAAAUUAGUGAUGAUUUUUAAGUUCACUACAUGUAUUCUGAUGAACCACACAUGAGAUUGUGUCCUUUGUUUCUGACUUACAUUGAUACUUUAUUGGAAAAAAUAAGAUAUCCACACAAAUGGAUUAUCUACAUAAGGCUUUUU